UUUAAAUGCCAUAGAUUUCAAGUCGCCCUCCAGAGUCAGUCAGAGAGAAUAUUAUCGGUGUUGGCCGCGCAUUGGUGCCUUUUGAGAUCUAGCAGCGCAUCAAACAAGACCGUUUUCUAUCAGCAGGAUUUUUGCCAAUUUAUUGCACCAUUAUGAGUCGCUUUGUUCCCGUGGUUGAGCAAACAACACCAACCAAUAAUGCUGAUUCGUCCAAUUCAAGUGAGGAGGAACUAGACUUGUCCAACAUUCCCAAAAAUACGAUUUUGUGCAACCCUAGCCGUGCAGUCCUGCAGCGCGUGUUGCAGUUGAAAAAGGAGGACAAGAGAGAGGCGUCCAACAGGAAUAGGCUUGUUAAUCUGGUGUCUGAUUCUAGUGACUCUCAGGAAGAUGAACCGCCCCAAGAAAACGUGAGACGCAGACAAGAAGCCAGAGAAGACGGCGCUGGACCCUCAAGAGUGCAGCAAGUUCAUUUCACUGCUGAGGAUGAGGACAGAGAAGAACCUGAUUUAGAUGAUUCCAACUGGCCAGAAGGACUACAAAAUGAGCAAGAAGACGAUCAUCAAGAGGAUGACUCUCUGCAGGUGCCCAACUUCAGGGAGCGCCGUGCUGCGCGUCAGACCUGCAGUCCUGCCACCCUGAAGCUGCUGCUGGAAUCCGAGCGCGAGAGCAAACUCUGCGUGAUUUGUAUGGAGGUGGAAAAGUGCGUGAUGCUGAUGCCAUGCAGACACAUUUGCAUGUGCCAGCUCUGCAGUGCCACAAUCGCCAGCACCAGCAGCACCUGUCCGGUCUGCAGGACCGUCUUUGAAGAGGCCAUCGAGGGUUUCAUGUAGCAAUCCAAAAAGGGCCAAACUGAUCUUAUUAUGUCGACCUCUAUAACGUUUUUAAAUUUUCCGAAACGGUUUUAAACUUUAAAUAUUCAUGAUUACCUAUUGAAAUUUCCAAAAGCAUAGUAUUUAUCCAAAAGCAUUGUCAGAUUUGAGCAAUAAAAGCAAAUUAUUUAUAUUGAAAAU